GAGAAAAAGAAAGAAAGAGAAGGGAGAAUAAGAGAGAGAGAGAGAGGGAGAGUAAGAGAUAGUACUGCUAUAAUCAGCGACUCGCGAUCAGCCUAAAGGAACCAGCGGCGCGCGGAAAUAGUCGAAAAAGCCUCUCCGUCGCUGACUGCCGGGGCACACGGACACCUGACACGGAAGACACCCGUUCGGCCGUGGAGAAGCGGCCGAUUGUGCAGCGCAAAACACAUUCGUCUUCUUUUCCGAAUCGCGAGAUCUCCUCGAGAUCGGCUCUCGACGGGACAUUGAUCCAGAAAUUUCCGCGAGUAGUCGCGUCGCGAGGGUAGAAAUACCGGCGAGACAUGGCCUGGUUCGUCGCGAACGGCACAGGAUCGCCGCUUGGCGAUAAUUACGUGCUGAACGAUUUUAACUACAACAACGAAUUGAACGAGUCGCUGAGCAAUGAGUUCAAGUGUCUCAUGCGCGAACAAAUCAGCAAGAAGCAGGAGCAACAAGGAUGCGAUGUUAGUUGGGACACCGUGCUAUGCUGGCCCAGGACACCUCCCGGCACCCUAGCCACCAUCCCCUGUUUCGAAGAGCUUAACGGAAUACCUUAUGAUAACAGCCAAAACGCCAGCCGAUGGUGCUGGGCCAAUGGGACAUGGGACAAUUACUCCAACUAUUCCCUGUGCCGCGACGUGCGGCAGCCGGCCAUCGAGGCCGGGGUGGAAAUCACGACAACGCUGUAUUUCAUCGGCUACAGCCUCUCCCUGCUUACUCUGGUCGUGGCGGUUUGCAUAUUCAUCUAUUACAAGGAGUUACGGUGCCUUAGGAACAACAUACAUACGAAUCUGAUGUUCACAUACAUUCUGGCUGACCUGACGUGGAUGUUAACCACUGUGAUGCAGGUGUCCAUGCAAGUGGAUAUCCCGACUUGCGUGACGCUCUUCUCCCUUCUUCAUUACUUCCAGCUGACAAACUUUUUCUGGAUGUUCGUCGAGGGCCUAUAUCUGUACCUGUUGGUCGUGAAAACGUUCACAGGCGACAACAUCAAGCUGAGGCUCUGCUUGGUGAUCGGUUGGGGUAUACCUGUACUCGUAAUAGGCGUGUGGGGAAUCGCCAAGUCUCUAGAUCAGAACAUCAUGAAUCAGGCCAAGCAGGAAGUGGCGCUCUGGAGACACUGUCCCUGGAUGAUCCCGCACCCGUACGACUGGUUUUAUCAAGCCACCGCUAUAGUAGUUUUAGCGGUGAACGUCAUAUUCCUCUUCAUGAUCAUGUGGGUGCUGAUAACAAAACUAUGGUCGGCUAACAACGUGGAGACUCAGCAAUAUCGCAAAGCCAGUAAAGCUCUCUUGGUAUUAAUACCGCUGCUAGGAGUAACAUACGUGCUGGUUAUAGCGGGACCUACCGAGGGACAAGUCGCGAAUGCAUUUUCUCAUGCACGCGCGGUAUUACUUUCCUCCCAGGGAUUUUUCGUGGCGUUGUUCUACUGUUUCCUCAACACGGAGGUGCAGAACGCGCUGAAGCAUCAUUUCAUGCGAUGGAGCACCGCGCGAAAUCUCGGCACUGGCCGGAGGUAUUACAACAAUUGGUCGCCCCGCUCGAGAACGGAGAGCAUAAGGCUGUAUUGCCAACCAUCAAUUCCGUAUCGUAAACGAGAAUCCACAGUGAGCGAAACAACCACUACGACGGUGAUCGGUCCGAAUUCUACCACGACGUUUCUCGAUAAAUCGAAGAAAGCCAUCUCGGAGGACCUUAAUGAGUGAGGACAGGAAUUGCGCGAGAGGAGUUACGACGAGGGACUGACUAGUCUUGUCGUUGGUGCAUCGUCGCGGAUUACUUCACCGAUCAACCGCGUUUUCGAGGAGAUUCCGAUAACUUUGGCACCUCAAUAUAAGAGUUUUUCCCGAAGAUAUUUUCAGUACUGAAAAACUAAACUUUUUUAGAUCAAACUACUCAUUUAUUUAUAUAGGAAUUGUCGUGUAAUAAUUUAAAAUCGUCGCUCUGGAAAAGUCGAUUGAAAUCGCGCAAAGCCCCGAGCAGAAGUUCGUUGACAAAAGGAAUUAGGGAAAUCCUAUCUAAAUCUCUCGAAAAUAAACUGGUUCUUGACGCAAUUUUGAUCUAAAGCUCAGUUUGACAUAAUUUAAUUGUAUUUUGGCUAAUCUCAGUUUAAUUACCUAAUUGGUUUAACUUGGUAACAUAUAAUUGCCCGCUUUGUCGAGUUUUACGAAGCUUUACAACGUAAUAGCAUUCGUAACUCGUACAGCAAAAGUUAGCGCAGUGACCCGCGGUUUGAGACUCUCCCUGCCAUUCUCACUCUCCGAGAUUAAUUAAUUAAUUACAAGCGAUCAUUGAAUCUUGACGCUACAUAAUUAUCGGGAUCAUGCCUGAGAUUCUUGUACAAAGACGACAUCAGAGAUAACUUUUUUGAUCGAAUUGCGGAUUUUCUUCCCCAUUGCGAAUGUUAAGUAACAUUCCCGACAACAGGAGACCAAAAUCGCCGAUGAGAAGGGAACAUUGUAUAUUAAGGAAAACUGUUGAAAACAGUAUAAUAUGUGAUAUAGCGCACCUACAAUGAUUAAUGUUCAAUAAUCGGCAUUAUCUCAAUGAUCAGCAUUAAAUUCUAUAAUAGGACGUUGAUUAUCAGUUUAAUCUGAUAAGUACCGUAAUGUUUAUGCUAUUAUUGAAAUUUACUGACAAAUCAUCGUGAUACCAUUGAUUGUCAUAGAGAAAUUUUCAAACGGCGUUUACAAACGGAAUAAUUGGCGUUUAAGAAUAAUCAAAUAAUUGAUAAUGCAAGCGUUAUCCGUAAACCGCAAUAUAAACGACAUUGUCUAUUUAUUACACUGAUUUAUAACAAUUCUAACAACAUAUUUAUCACUGUUUCUCACAUGUACAUAUGUACAGUAAUAUACA